AUGGAUGUUCUUAAUGAUAUAGCACAACCUAACAAUUGUGAAGAUGAUGAGAAUGAGGUUGAUGAUGAGAUACCACCAGCAUCAGAAUGCAGAGGUACUAGCCAAUACUAUAAUGACUUAUUUGCCGAGAUGGAGUCUCCGUUAUUCCCAGGGUGUGAAAAAUACACAUCUUUGAAUUUCGUAGCUAAGUUGAUGCAUUUCAAAGUGUUGGGGAAAAUUCCUAACAAAAUUUUUGAUGGAAUCUUGGAGUUGUUAGAAGAUGCAUUCCCAUCUCCAAAUAAGAUACCAAAGUCACAUUAUGCGGCGAAGAGGUUGAUGAGGAAAUUGGGUUUGGGUUACGAGUCAAUCCAUGUUUGUAAGCAUGAUUGUGCAUUGUUUUGGAAGGAAAAUGCUGGAAAACACAAGUGUCCAAUUUGUGGGGAGGAUCGUUGGGUGGAUAAAAAUACCAAGGGGAAGAAAGUGCCCCAAAAAGUUAUGCGUUAUUUUCCAUUGACCCCUCAGUUGAUGCGAAAAUAUGCGUCAAGGCACAUUUCUCAACAUAUGAGAUGGCAUCAUGAAGGGCGUGUUAAAGAAGAUGGUAUCAUGCGUCAUCCUGCAGAUGGGAAAGCAUGGAAGGAUUUUGACCGUAGCAAUCUAGCGUUUGCAAUGGAACCUAGGAAUGUGCGCCUUGGAUUGGCUGCUGAUGGAUUCAAUCCUUUUGGAAAUAUGAGUUUGUCUUAUAGCAUGUGGCCGGUUGUGUUAAUGACUUACAACUUGCCACCGUGGUUAUGCAUGAAAGAGACUAACUUUAUGUUGACUUUAUUAAUUCCUGGUCCACAUUCACCUGGAAAAGAUUUUGAUGUUUUCUUAAGGCCAUUGGUUGAUGAGUUGAAGGAAUUAUGGGUGAGCGGUGUUCAGACUCGGGAUAUUGUUGAUGGUAGUUUUUUUAAGCUUCGAGCAGCUUUAUUGUGGACUAUAAAUGAUUUUCCAGCGAGGAGUAGUUUUUCUGGAUGGAGUGGUCAAGGUUACACUGCUUGUCCUACUUGCAAUGUAUCAACACCAUCAGUUCGUUUGCAAAAUAAGGUUGCAUUUUACGGUCACAGAAAUUUUUUACCAAUGGGACACCAAAUUAGAAAAAAGAAGAAGUUAUAUGGUUCAGUUGAGAAAAGACCACCUCCAGAGGAAUUUAGCACUGAAGCUAUUUUCACACAAAUGAAUUUUAUGCCUGAAUCUCUUCUUGGUAAGCAUGUUAGCUACGGUGGACAAAAAAGGAAACGUACAAAAGAGCAAGUUGGUUGGCGUAAAAAAAGCAUUUUCUUUGAGCUCCCAUAUUGGGCCAAUAUGAAGUUGCGACAUAACCUAGACGUCAUGCAUGUUGAGAAAAAUGUAUGCGACAGCUUAGUUGGCACAAUAGUCGGGUUGGAAAAUAAGACCAAAGAUACAAUUAGCGCUAGAGUAUAUUUGGAGAAGAUGAAGAUAAGGCCAGAAUUGCAUCUGAGAAUGGUAAAUGGUCGAAUGGAAAAGCCGGCAGCGAAAUACACAUUUAUUCCUGAAAAUCGGCAUAAGUUUUGUCGGUUUUUGAAAUCAGUCAAAUUUCCAGAUGGGUUUGCAUCUAAUUUAAGGAAGAAUGUGAUUGAAAAUGACAAUAAGAUUACUGGGUUGAAAUCCCACGAUUGUCAUGUCAUAUUGCAACGUCUUUUGCCAAUUGGUGUUCAUUCAUUCCUAGAAAAACCUAUUGCCAAGACCAUUAUUGACUUGUGCACUUUCUUCAAGAUUAUUUGUGCUAGAACUCUGAUUGUUUCUGAUUUGGAGAAAGUGAAAACAUCAAUUGUUGAAAUUCUUUGCGGACUAGAAAUCAUUUUUCCGCCAGCGUUUUUUGAUGUUAUGGUUCACCUAAUGAUACAUUUGCCUCAAGAAGCAAUAGAUGGAGGUCCAGUACACAUGAGGUGGAUGUAUCCCUUUGAGAGAUACAUGAAAAAAUUGAAACAUUAUGUGCGUAAUAAAGCUCGUCCUGAGGGGUCCAUAGCUGAGGGUUAUGUCGUCGAUGAAGCAUUGACAUUCUGUUCUAUGUACUUCAAAGGGGUGGAAACAAGGUUUAAUCGUCCAGAUAGAAAUGUUGAUGCAAUUCCAUCACUAAAGAAGUUGUCUGUGUUUCAAUCUCAAGGUUGUCCGAUCGGUAAGAAGACACUAACAACUUUGGACGAUGAACUUAAAAAAACUGCUGAGUGGUACAUUCUCAACAAUUGCAUUGAGAUUCUCCCAUAUAUUCAAGAGCACAAGCAGAUCCUUUUAUCUAGUGGUGCUGAAAACCUAGAUCAAUUACAGAAAAAGGAGUUCCCCAUGUGGUUUUACAAUAAGCUUUACAAUCUUCGACAAGCAGGAUCUGCAGAAGCUUCUGAAGAGUUAUUCUCCUUAGCAAACGGCUCCUCUAAUCUUGUUUCUUCAUACACUGGGUAUCCUACCAAGAGUAGGAUGAAGCAUGAAAAUAAUAUAACCAGUAUAUUUACUAAGUUCGAGUGGUACAAAAAUGACAAGUUUAUCUUGGCAACUCAGGCAAAACAAAUUUUCUAUCUUGAUGAUUUGAAAAAUGACCGGGAUUGGAAAAUUGUUGAAGAAGUUCAUCAUAGAAAUGUGUGGGACACCCCAGCAGCUUAUGAACAGUUGGAUCCCAUUGAAAUAGAUGUUAUGCAUGACACAAUAACAUCUGAUUUCCAAUUGUUUGUCGAUCUUGGUCCGUUGCCAGAAAUCAAUUUUUGCCGUAGAGAUCAAUCGCCAUAUGUUGUCAAUGUAGAUACUCCUGUUGAUCAAGAGGAAGGUGAAGAGGAAGAGGAAGAGGAAAUGGUCGAUGAAGAGGAAGAGGAGAUGGUCGAUGAAGAGGAAGAGAAAGAGGAAGAGGAAGAGAUGGACUUAGAAGAAGAUAAUGUAGAAGAAAAUGAGAAUGAUAGUGAUAAUGAAUAUUAUAGUGAUGAUUAA